UCAACUACAACCAUCCAUCAGCGCAGAAUCAAAAUAUCUGCCGACCAGUCCAAGCCAUCAAACCAUUUUCACGGUUCGUCCUCGCAAGAACAGCUCGAUCAAAAUUCUUCAGCAGCAAGCAAGCAGUUCGUCCACCAUGGCCAUGUUUGCUUCCACCUCCUUCACGUACCACAAGCCGCGUUUCACGGUGGUGUGCAGGAAGAACAAGGACGGCCGGGACAGGGAGAGGGAGCGGGAGAAGGAGCACAAGCACCCCUUCAAGGUCGUCGAGAUUACGCCGCCGCCGCGCUGCCUCGGCGUCCGCUGCUUCCCCACCAACAUCCACUGCGGCGAGAGCGUGACGAUCGAAGGCCAGGCGUACACGGUCUCGGCGGUGACGCACCGGUACCAGCUGCGCAAGGGGCGGUACGAGCCCAGCGAGAAGCGCCUCGACGUCCUCUCCACCGGCAGAUACAUCCUCAACCUCUACCUCCAAAACCUCCUCGACAAGUCAUAGUCUAGCUCACUCGUAGCACUCACCGUAAAUAAUACCACUACUUGAGAGCUUGCCCAUCGAAUCGAACGCUUGUCCCAGUGGAUGGACGAUCGUGGAUGGUGGUGCUUGCUGCGUACUACUAUGUAUAACUGAAAAGUGAGGCAUAAAGUUCAGGUCCAGUAAAGAUGAUCUUUUCCGAUCCAAAUGUUCAGCUGAUGUAGAAGUUGUUCUGUCCGGGCAUCCGGCCGGGAUGUGUGAUGAUGCUACUCCUUCGUGCUAGCUGAAUUUAUCCUGUCCCGUGUGUCACUGACACCUGUUGGGUUAGUUACAGUGACGGAGCUUACACCAAAAUUAAGAGGGACCACCUCAAAUGAUUGCGUACUAA